UAGAAAACUUUUCCAAUUAAGGGGGCAUGCCUGUCUUACUCGUUGCAUCACGUACUACAUGUAGUCAAAUAACUGAAAAAUAUAACAUUAACCAUGCCCGUGUUUAAGCACCUUGUAAGAUGCUGCACAAAUUUACAGCUGAGAAACAGUUUGGCUUCGUCCUACGCCGGACUUUGGAGACAUGAAAGGACUCAGCUAAAUGAAAUCACAAGAUGUUUGUCUUCAGCACCUCCAAAGGCAUCUAAAAGUGUAAAGAAAAGAUCACCAAUUACUUGGAAAUCCUUAUUAGCCACAGGAGUUAUUGGGAGUGGAUUGCUUGGAUUUAUGCUUUAUAUAAAGAGAGAGAAGGAAUUAGCUAUUGCUAGAGAAAGAAAGAGAGCUUUAGGGAAAGCAAACAUAGGAGGAAGGUUUGAUUUGAUUGACCACAAUGGGAUACCUAGAAAGAGUGAAGAUUUCUAUGGUCAGUGGUGUCUCAUAUACUUUGGAUUUACUCACUGUCCUGAUGUUUGUCCAGAUGAAUUAGAAAAGAUGGCUAAUGUGGUUGACACAAUUGAUGGAAUGGAAAAUGUACCAAAUAUACAACCCCUGUUCAUAACAGUUGAUCCUACAAGAGACUCGCAAGAAGUCAUUAAAGAAUACCUCAAGGAAUUCCAUCCGAAAAUGUUAGGGAUGACAGGAUCAGUAGAACAAAUUGCCGAAGCUUGUCGGGGUUACAGAGUUUACUUUAGUGCAGGACCUCGUGAUGAUGAUGAUGAUUAUAUAGUGGAUCACACUAUUAUAAUAUAUUUAAUCAAUCCUGAUGGAGAAUUCAUAGAUUAUUAUGGCCAAAACAAGACAGCGGAGGAGGUCACUGCAAGUAUAUGUAUCAACAUGCGGAAAUACGAACAACUAAACAAAAAGAGCGUCUUGAGCAGUUUCCUGUGAUUUUGAAAAACUUUUUUAUUAUGGCAGUAGUAUUUACAGCUUUUAUGCCACGUUUUCUUUUCAGGUAUCAUUUUUAUACAUUUUUGUUAUUGUCAUUCUUUUACUAUGAGAUUCAUUGUAAAUAUUCAUGCACUGAUCAUUUCCUCUGGGGCAUAUAUAUGAAGGAAUGUUAAUUAUUUAAUAAAGGUACAAAUGAUACCAGGCUUAUUCAGUGCCAGUGUAAAUACCUGUUGUGUAAAAAUGAACAAUAGAGUAUAAAUAUGUAAAGACCUUUGAA